UCAAGUCUGUCCCGAGCCGGUGGUUGUGGGCCGCCACCGAUGACAAUUGACGGAGGGCUGGAACUGCGUAACGAGGCCGGAUCCAGCCAAGCCCUCGUUUGCGGCCGGCGGGAAGAGGGGACGCCUUCUUCUCCGCCUGAAAAGAGUGACGAAUAUGAGUGCCAGUUGAACCAUAUGCAAUGCACUGAUGAUGCAGUGCAGGCGGCUCACUUACAUGCAUGUGAGGGAGAUGUUGUGGGUGUUUUUGAGGAAGAGAUGCAAUGCUGCGCUGUAGAAGAUAGGCGAGAGAGACGACGUGGGCUCGUGCUGACCGUUAGAUGGCAGACCUACGUACGAAUGAGAGCAAAUGGUGUGAGAGUGGAUGUGCUCGUUGAUACUGGUGCCGACCUGAGUGUGAUGAGCACCAAGAUGCUAGACAAGCUGCGAGAGGAAGGGGACAGAGAAGUGACAAUAUGUCCAGGCGUCAUGACGCUCAGCGUGCUACACCAUGGUGAAGUGGCGGUCGAAAAGGUCGCAAGAGUCGCCUUGUGGCCUGACACAAUAGACACGCAGACAGCAGCCACCAAUCCGCUGUCUGUCGAUUUCUAUGUCAUCGAUGACUCCAAAUGUGUCGCCUUACUGGGAGGCAAGGCGAUUCGCGAAGAAAGGUUCAU